UUCAGUUGUGUAUGUUAAAAUGGACAAACAACGGAGCAGGCCUAAUCCGUUAUCCAGGCUUUUUAUAUGUUGGGUGUGUCCGAUAUUUGUGAAAGGAAAUAGAAGUGAUAUAGAAGAAGACGACCUUAUUGUUCCAAAUAAAAAUUACGACUCCGAUCGUCUUGGAAGUCAUUUAGAGAGGAGCUGGUUGAAUGAGUUCCAAAAUGCUCACCAAGAUGGUCGAGACCCAUCCCUUUGGCGAGUUUUAUUGCGAACGUAUUGGCUCGCCUAUUCACCUGGAGGACUGUUGCUUCUAAUAAACACUAUAGCGAGAACAAUUACACCUAUAUUAUUUACGCAAUUGUUGACAUAUUGGUCGGUAAAUGCCGCGCUGACUCAAGAGGAAGCUGGUUACUACGCACUGGGAAUGUUGGGUUGCAAUUUCAUUGCACUGAUGGCGCAGCAUCAUAAUACUUUGUUCGUGAAUCGGUUCAGUUUGAAGUUAAAAGUUGCGUUUUCGGCUGUUAUUUAUAGAAAGCUUCUACGAAUGAGUCAACUUUCGCUAAACGAAGUGGCUGCCGGGAAAUUGGUAAAUCUACUAUCGAACGAUAUUGCAAGAUUCGAUCAAGCAUUAAUGUUUCUCCAUUAUUUGUGGCUGGUGCCAAUCCAAGUUGGAAUUGUUCUAUACUUUUUAUACAAUAUUGGGGGCUAUGCGCCAAUUGUCGGCCUUUUUGUUGUGAUAAUAUUGAUAUUGCCAGUACAAGCAACCCUCACGAAAUAUACGGCGACGAUCCGUCGUACAGUCGCACAAAGGACGGAUAAAAGAAUAAAAUUAAUGAGUGAGAUUAUAAGUGGAAUUCAAGUAAUCAAAAUGUAUGCCUGGGAGAAAUCGUUCCUAAAAAUUGUAACAUUGGCAAGGGAGUACGAAGUAUGGGCAUUACGGAGGUCUCUCUUCGUCCGGAGUGUGUUUAUAGGUUUUAUGAUGUUUUCUGAAAGAACUACUCUUUUCAUCACAUCACUCACAAUUGUGUUAAAUGGAAAUUUGCUGACAGCAACUGUGAUCUACCCAAUUAAACUGUUCUUGAGUUUGGUUCAAAUGAAUUUGACGUUUAUUCUACCGCUUGCGAUAGCUAGCUUAUCGGAACUAGGCGUGACCCUUGAGCGAAUCAAAAAUGUUCUUGUUAUGGAUGAGAGAGAAGAUUUAUCACUCCUAUCGAAAGCGCCAGUUGAAUUUAAUGGGAAAACAAAUAAAAAAUCUGUAGUAAUACAAGAAAAACCUGUUAGUAACGAAGCAAGCAGUUCCAUUGUAUCUUUACACUCGCAGUCCGAAGGGUUCAUUGUUGAGAUGGAUAAUGUGACAGCUUCUUGGAAGAAGCCGGACGAAACAAAUACAUUGAAAAAUAUAUGUUUACGUUUGCGUAAGAAUAAACUUUGCACAAUUAUUGGGCCAGUUGGUUCUGGAAAGUCUUCUCUUCUCCAAGUUCUUCUUAAGGAGUUACCCGUUCUUAGUGGUAAUUUUACAAUGAGGGGAACUGUUUCAUAUGCCUCACAGGAAACCUGGCUAUUUCCUGCGAACGUCCGAGAGAAUAUCCUUUUCGGGUUACCAUACGAUAAAAUUAAAUAUAAUGAGGUUUGCAGGGUGUGCUGUUUACUUCCGGACUUUAAGCAAUUUCCAUACGCGGACUUAACUUUAGUUGGAGAGCGCGGUGUUCAAUUAUCCGGAGGGCAAAGAGCCAGAAUCAAUUUGGCAAGGGCUGUAUAUAGAGAGGCAGAUAUAUAUUUAUUGGACGAUCCAUUAUCGGCCGUCGACGCAAACGUUGGACGACAACUCUUCGAGGAAUGCAUAAAAGGCUAUCUCCGCUCGAAGACCUGCAUUCUGGUCACGCAUCAAAUACAUUUCAUCAAAUCCGCGGAUGUCAUUGUCGUGUUAAAUAAUGGCGCAGUCGAAAAUGUAGGAACGCUUGAUGAUUUGUUAAAAUCUGGAAAGGAAUUUUCUACGCUCCUAUCAACGUUGGAAGAUAAACACGACGAAGACAUUGAAGAUGAAGCACCCCAAUUCGUUAGAGGUGUGUCGCGAACUUCAGUGAGGAGUGAGGAAGCUUCUAAAAUCGAGAAGGAACAGAUAUUAGAAGCGGAAGAAAGGGCGAAAGGGAACUUGAAGUGGAGUGUUAUAUCGAAGUAUUUGAAAAGCGUGAACUCCUGGCCCUGGGUUGGUCUAACCCUGCUAUCACUGUUGCUCACUCAGGCUGGAGUCUCGUUCAGCGAUUAUUGGGUCAGCUACUGGACAAAUGAGGUCGAUAAUUACGAGCAGAAUUUGCCGCCGGGGGAGAUUUCAGAUCCCGGUAUUAAUGUUAUCAUGGGUCCUCUAACAACAGGACAGUAUCUAUUAAUAAGUGGUUGCGCAAUCAUUUAUAUUCUCAUCAUGACGCAUGCGCGGAUCCUUACAUUUGUCGUCAGCACUAUGCGUGCAUCAAUAAAUCUUCACAAUAAUAUGUUUAAUAAUUUGAUCAGGGCUCUGAUGAAGUUCUUCGAUACAAAUCCGUCAGGUCGUGUAUUAAAUAGAUUCUCAAAAGAUAUCGGAGCCAUGGACGAGACUUUACCCAGAAGUUUCUUAGAAACGAUACAAAUGUAUAUGUUCGCGCUUAGUGUCCUGACAUUGAAUGCGAUAGCCCUCCCCUGGACUCUAAUACCAACAUUCGUCCUGCUUUUCAUCUUUUUCUUCCUCUUCCGAUGGUAUUUGAGAGCUGCUCAAGCCGUCAAGAGGCUGGAGAGUACAACCAAAAGUCCCGUAUUCAGCAUGAUAAGUUCAACAAUUGCCGGUCUGGGAACGAUUCGAAGCUCAAAUUCACAUCUCAGAUUACUCAAGAUGUUUGAUGAUGCACAGGAUGCCAACACGAGUGCAUUCUUUUCGUUUCUCGGUGGAGCAUCAGCGUUUGGAUUGUAUUUGGAUACAAUUGGACUUUUCUAUCUCGCAACCAUCAUAGCCAUUUUUCUAUUCCUAGAUUUUGGUGAUGUGAUACCGGUCGGUAGCGUCGGUCUCGCCGUGAGCCAAUCGAUGUCUAUGACAAUGAUACUCCAAAUGGCGGCCAGGAUCACCGCGGAUCUCUUAGCGCAGAUGACUUCCGUUGAACGAGUGCUUGAGUACACCAACCUACCCUGUGAAGAGAACAUGGAUGAUGGACCUACUCAACCUCCAAAAGAGUGGCCUACGGAUGGAAAAGUAAAAUUUGAAAAGGUUUUCUUAAAGUAUGGAGUAGACGAUCCACCAGUGUUGAAAGAUCUCAAUUUUGAAGUUGAAGGUGGUUGGAAGGUUGGUGUGGUUGGUAGAACUGGCGCUGGGAAGUCAUCGCUGAUCGCUGCUUUAUUCCGACUAACCAACGUUGAAGGGAAGGUCAAAAUUGACGGCUUCGAUACGAACGGAAUCCCGAAAAGUCUCUUACGUUCAAGAAUAUCUAUAAUUCCACAAGAGCCUGUCCUGUUCUCGGCUUCGUUGAGGUAUAAUUUGGAUCCAUUUGACACUUAUAGCGAUGAAGAUAUUUGGAGAGCUUUGGAACAGGUGGAACUAAGAGAUGUUGUACCAGCAUUGGAUUUCAAAGUUUCUGAAGGCGGAGCGAAUUUCUCAGUCGGUCAAAGACAGUUGGUGUGUCUGGCACGAGCUGUUUUACGUUCCAAUAAAAUUCUAAUAAUGGAUGAAGCAACCGCCAAUGUUGAUCCACAAACUGACGAGCUCAUCCAAAAAACUAUAAGAAGAACUUUUUCGUCUUGUACUGUACUGACUAUUGCUCACCGGUUAAAUACAAUUAUGGAUUCUGACCGUGUUCUAGUCAUGGACAAUGGAAAAGUUGCUGAGUUCGACCAUCCAUAUACACUCUUAAAUAACCCAAAUAGUUUAUUUAAAUUUAUGGUAAAUGAAACUGGGGAUAGCAUGAGCAAAGCUCUCUUCGAAGUGGCGAAGAAGAAAUACGAAGAGAAUACUCGAAAUAUAAGUUAAACGAAUUUAUAUGUCUAGAUCACAAAUUUGCUGAAAUCCUACUUAAUAGACAAAAAUAUCGUAUAAAUUAGUUUUAAAUAAUUAAGUUUCAACCUUCAAGAAGUUCUUGGAUUCAGUUUUUCCAUCUGUUUCCUAAUAAUUUUGACGUGACAGCGCCUAAUAAAUCGAUGAACGCCGGACGCACGCACUCAAAAACAAGACUCAUUGUCCCGUUACGCUCAUUGUCCCGUUGCACCUCUACCUCUACUCUUCCACUCGAUGGGCCUAUGCGUCCGAUAGGAACGAAUUUUUAAUGAAUAAUUUAUUAAAAAUUAUUUUAAUUUUAUUCAUAAAAGUAUGAAAUCAUUAAUGUUUUGUUUUGACAUUGUCACGUUAAACUAACGUCCGUGCAAUAAUUUUACAGACAACCAUUUUUUUUUUAAAUUGAUAAGUAGGUGAUGCCUAUACCUGCGUCAAUUUUUGAGUUUAAGUUAUGCCAUUCAUCAUGAUGUUUUCCUUCCGUACGAACGACUGUCCUCAUGAAAAGGCCAUUGAUGAAUUCGACCACACAGCCUAGGGUUUAAUAGAUAGUAUAGCUGUGUUGCGCACAGAAUUGUUUUUAGAAAACAUUAAACAUUUAUGAAUGUUGAAUAUUUACAGACUAAAAAAGUCUGUAAUCAUACUUUUCUGUACAAUUUUGGAUACGUUUGUAUAUCCGAACUAAUAUCUUGAAGUCCGCUAAUCUCAGGAAGCUGUUUAUAUAGUCCGGGGAAGUUUUAAGUUUUGACAUACAUUAUAAAAAAUCUAACUAAACGACUUCACUUUCCGUGCGGAUUGAUCGUUUGGCGUUGCAUAGAUGGAGUCUACUUGCAUCUUUUACCGCAUUUACCAUGGAUAGUGUUGAGAAUCGUUAUUCGGACUAAUACCUAUAACUGACUUUCAUUAUCGGACGUCAAGGCAGAAUACAAAAUACCAUUCGUCGCGGUCGAGGUGAUACUUCCCUUCCUUCGCUGCGCACCACCACUAUGUGGAGCCACCUGAACUGAAGUCUUUCCGAACCAAUUAGAUUUAGGGUCCUCCAAAAAAUGAGUGUACCAAUUCUUGAAAGGCAGGACACACUUGCGAGGCAAUGUAAGUAUCCAUGGUGAGCCUCCCAACAUCAGGUGAGCCUCCGAGUCCCGUUUGACAUGGAAGAUUGUGCGGAUUUUUCUUAUUUAAUCAACUGGUAUAAUACUUCACAAUCGUGUCUUCAUCUGUUGGAAAGUCUAUCCAGCAUUAUAUAAGUUAGAAAGAGACAAACACUGUUUUGUAGGUUUUCUCUGAAUUUGUAUGAAAGUUACGCUUAUUUUAUCGCAUGUGUACUAAUUUUUAUUAUAAUUAUUAAAAUGAAAUGUUUAUACUGUAAUAAAAGACAAAUU